AUGGGGACCCUGCCGUUUCUGAGCCACGAAGCAGCCAGAAAGCAGCAGCAGCAACAGCCAUCGAGCCCGACGCAGCGGAGAAUGUUCGACGUCCUCUCCAAACACUUCACACUCAAACUCGAGGACGUGCCGCGGCACCGGUGGUGGACGCUGCUCACCCCGGCCUUCAGCCACAUCCAGCCCUACCACCUCGCGGCCAACCUGGUCGCCUUCGGGACGUUCUCCACCAUGCUGCUCAGGUACGGCAUCGCGCCCGCACGCUACGCCGCCCUGGUCCUGGGCGCCGCCGUCACGGGCAACCUGGCGUUCCUGUUCCAGGCGGCCCGGAGUCAGCGGCGCCAGAGAUUCCCCAACAGUCUCGCAACACAGCUGCGGGCGCUCGGUCUGUCCGGCGUCGUCAUGGGCCUGGGCGCCGCCGUGUCCCUCGCCACCCCCAAGGCCAAGGUCCUGCUCUUCGGCGCCAUCCCCACCCCCAUCUGGCUCCUGAUGGGCGUGUACACGCUCUACGACUCGGCGAGACUCGACGACCAGGCGUCCACGGUCGGGCACGCGGCGCAUCUCGGCGGCGCAGCCUUUGGCGCGGCGUAUUAUCUCCUCGCGCUGCGGGGCCCGGCCGCGCUCCCGUUCGCUUGGCUUGCCAGGCUCUGA